CUCUCUCUCUCUCUCUCAAAAAUCGCCUGAUCUAUAAAUCCAACCUCUAAUCCGCUCCACCUCCGUCGGAUUCAACGCCCCGCCGUCGCGAAUUCCGCAAUUUUCCGGUCCCGAAUUCGGGGUUUGUCGCGGCCUCCGGCGAUCGCCGGCGCUCCGUCUAGGGUUUCCUGCUCGAUCGAUCCGUCGAUUCGCGGCGCUGCGGAGAUGGACGGCAACAAGGACGACGCCCGGAAGUGCCUGAAGAUCGGCAAGGAGGCGCUCGAGUCCGGCGAUCGCGCCCGCGCCCUCAAGUUCGUCGCCAAGGCCCGCCGCCUCGAUCCCGGCCUGCCGGUCGACGAUCUGCUGUCGAAAAUCGAGGGGCAGUCCAAUUCGCAGUCGGAAUCGGCCACCAACGGUGAGGGGCCGGCGCCGGACCGAUCCGGCGCGGCGCAGUCGGAUCAGCAGAGGCCGUCGGUUCGGCACCGGGGCCCGUCGGCGGGUGGUUCGUCCUCGGCGUCGAGCGGCGCGGCGUCGUACACCGAAGAGCAGAUUGCGAUGGUGAGGCAAAUUAGGAAGAAGAAGGACUUCUAUGAGAUAUUAGGGGUGGAGAGGAGCUGCACCGUGGAGGAUGUGCGGAAGGCCUAUAGGAAGCUUUCCCUGAAGGUUCAUCCUGACAAGAAUAAGGCUCCCGGGGCCGAGGAGGCGUUCAAGGCGGUUUCCAAGGCCUUCCAGUGCUUGAGCGACGAGGAGAACCGGAAGAAGUAUGAUGUCACCGGUUCUGAUGAGCCUGUUCACAUGGCUCGGGCGGCCAGGCGCGGCCCGGCGCAAGGAUUCAACGGAUUUUACGAGGCGGAGUUCGACGCCGAUGAGAUAUUUAGGAACUUCUUCUUCGGUGGUAUGCACCCAGCAACUACUACGCAGUAUCGAGGGUUUAGCUUCGGGACUGGAAUGGGGCAGAGACAGGCGGAUAAUGGGUCGAGUGGGUUCAAUCUGAGGAUAUUGAUUCAGCUGCUUCCCGUCAUUUUGAUCCUGCUAUUGAACUUCUUACCAUCUUCGGACCCGAUUUACUCUUUAUCCAGGACGUAUCCCUAUGAGUACAAGUACACGACACAGAGGGGUGUGAAUUAUUAUGUUAAGUCCACCUCAAAGUUUGAUCAGGAUUAUCCCCCGGACAGCUACGAAAGAGGGAGGCUUGAGGUGAAGAUCGACAGGGAUUACAUCUCCAUCCUGUCGCAGAAUUGUAGGGUCGAGAUGCAGAGGCGGCAAUGGGGAUUUAUAAGGGAGAUGCCGCAUUGUGACAUGUUGCAAAAGUUCGAGGGAGUGGCUUGAUGAGCGUGGAGAUGAGAUUGUCCAAUGGAUACAUUUCAUCCAUUGGCUCUUGCGAGGAGGUGUUGGCUUUCAUGAGCAAGCUUAGGCAAUGGACUCGAAAGUAAUUUUUGUUAUGAAUGCGGAACUGAACUUCCCUCUUACACCUUUAGCUAGUAAUGCCCUUCAGCCUGGGUUUGAGACAUAUCAUAUGAAUUUCCACCAUAGGUUAUUCAUGUUUGUUUAACUAUAAUAGUUUUGAACGGUCAAUGUGACUCCACCAUGCAUCUGGAGUCAUCAUCAUUUCCGAAUUUAGAUAUGAAGCUACUGUAAUGCUCUUAAUAUCAUCGAGUUCCUUGCACAUAUGGUACUACCGGGCUCUAUUCUCCAGCUAACUGUAUGGCUGUUUAUAUGGAAGCGGUUGUUGCUCUGCUGUGGAGAAGACUUGGCUUCAUACAAUAAAUUUCUGUGGUGGGAUGCCAUGGACUCUGCAGACGAUACUUAAAAGCAUUUGUUUUGCUGCAAUGCAGCUUGUUUCCUGUUAUAAACCUAUGAUUUAGUGGGAAAAGUCAUUAAUUUCAUCACAUGUGAGUUGUUUGGAUC